CGAAAUAAAGCAUAUGAUAACCCCUGUGCUGUCAAUUUCAGCUGUUCAGCUGACUGAAAGUUUUGUUUCUCUCGGUUCUGGCUCACUCGCAAUUCGCCGUGUGUGUUGUGAAGUGGUUCAUUAUCGUAAAUUGUGCAAAUCACAGAACGACAACAACAAUGGCAGCGUUGCAGAGAAGUUUCAACUCGUUGCUUAAACUCCGUCGUACGCAGAGUGUGCCCCUGGCCCUGUACCAUGCGAAUGUCCUGGACCAUUACGAGAACCCCCGAAAUGUAGGCUCGAUGGACAAGAAAGAUAAAACCGUCGGAACGGGACUUGUUGGCGCCCCGGCUUGCGGUGACGUCAUGAAGCUCCAAAUCAAGGUCGACGAAGACGGCAAAAUCAUCGACGCCAAGUUCAAAACCUUCGGAUGUGGAUCGGCCAUUGCCUCGAGCUCGCUGGCCACCGAAUGGGUCAAAGGGAAAACUUUGGACGAAGCCCGCAAACUGAAGAAUACGGACAUUGCAAAGGAGCUGUCCUUGCCGCCGGUUAAACUUCACUGCUCGAUGCUGGCCGAGGAUGCCAUUAAGGCGGCCCUUGAAGAUUACAAGAAGAAACAGGACAAGUAAUUAGUCACUGGUGAUGGAAUGUGCUAACUAGUUUUAGGAUACCUGUAAAUUGUUGGUUAUAUAAGGCGUGAUUUGGCAGAAAAGAAGUUUGUAGAAUAAAGGCACUUCAACGUGCAAAACUAAAACACCCCAGGAAA